AGUCAGAGCUAAAUGUGUCCCCCCCGAGCGAAGGAGCCCUCAUUCCCCGGCAGCAUGCGACCUGACACCUGCGACUAAAUGGCCGAGAAGCCCCAGCCGACUUGUGUUCUGUUGACCGACAGCCGCCGGUAGCAUGGCCGCCAACUUUCGCCUCGUCUUGUCCGCGCUGCUGCUCGCCGUCUUCCCGCCGUCUUCGCCCGCCGCCUUGGAGCCCUCGGACCUGCUGUACGAGUCCGCCGUGCGGGCCUUCUACGGCGGCGACUACGGCGGCGUGGUGCGCUUCAUGGAGGCGGCGCUCGGCAGCCACGCCGAGGUCCGCCGCGCCAAAGUCCGCUGCCGGCUGAGGUGCCAGGACCAGCACCGCUUCCGGGACGACUUCAGCGAGCUGGGCUUCUUCGACGUGGUGCUGCGCCGGGCGGCGUGCAUGGACGCCUGCGUGGAGGAGGCGGUGGGCGUGCAGUCCGUGCAUCGAGUCAGCGAGGACGUGGUGCAGGACUUCAACCGCAGGAUUCCUUACAACUACCUGCAGCUGGCCUAUCUCAAGCUGAAGCAGCCGGACAAAGCGGCGGCCGCGGCGCACACCUACUUCCAGGCCAAUCCGGAACACGUGGAGAUGGGUCAGGACCUGGAGCAGUACAAGGACCUGAAGGGGGUCAAGGAGGACCACUUUGUGGACCGAGAAGCUCGUCCUCACCAGCGCUCCUUUACGGCGGCUGUGACUUUAUACGACCAAGGCGACUACGAGGGAGCCAUCCAUCUCUUCGAGGACGCCCUGUUGGAGUACUACAAAGCGGACGUGGAGUGCCGGGCCCUGUGUCAGGGGCCACACAGGUUUGAGGGCCACGACCACCUUCGCUACCGUUACAGCCUCUAUGAAGUCAUAUCAGAUCACUUCACUCAGGUGCUGCACUGUGAACACGAGUGCGUCAGAGACCUCGCCACCCGGCCGGGCCGCCUGUCCCCCAUGGAGAACUACCUUCCUCUCCACUACGACUACCUCCAGUUUGCCUACUUCCAAGUGGAAAGGCCGGAGGAGGCACUGCAGUGUGCGCUCAGCUACCUUUUAUUCCACGCGGGAGAGGAGUUCAUGACGGAAAAUGUGGACUACUACAAAGAGGUGCUGGGACGCGACCUUGGACCGAGAGAGGAGGCCGCCUGGUACCUGAGGAGGCACGAACAGGAGCUGGAUCUGCUUCUGAUUGGAAGUCAAACCAUGGGUGUGGACUUCGUUGAGGGGAAUUACUGGAGCAGCUCAGGUGGGAGAGACAACACCAACAGGAUUCCGUCGGGCACAGACGGGGGGAUGGAGUAUGUUCCAAUGUGGGAGAAGAAGAAGAAGGAGAGUGUGGUUGUAUCGCAGCAUCUGAAAGAAGGUGGGCCCCUGCUGUAUGAAGGUGUGCGUGUGGUGCAUGACUCCGGGGCCUUGAACGGGACCCAGCGGGUUCUUCUGGAUGAAGUCAUAACAGAAGAAGAGUGCUGGGCGCUGCAACACCUGGCGCACGCGGUCACCCUGGCGGGGGACGGCUACAGGGGCCGGAUGUCCCCUCACACGCCCAAUGAGAAGUUUGAAGGGGCCACCGUGCUGAAAACCCUGCAGUACGGCUUCGAGGGCCGGGUGCCAAUGAGGAGCGCCCGCCUCUUCUACGACGUCAGCGAGCGGGCCAGACGCAUCCUGGAGUCUUACUUCCUGCUCAACUCCACCCUGCACUUCUCCUACACUCACCUGGUGUGUCGCACCGCCAUCACAGGUCAGCAGGACCACAGGAACGACCUGAGCCAUCCCAUCCAUGCUGACAACUGUCUGCUGGACCCUGAGGCCAACGAGUGCUGGAAGGAACCCCCGGCAUACACCUACAGGGACUACAGCGCACUCUUGUACCUGAAUGGAGACUUUGAAGGCGGAGAAUUCAUAUUCACAGAGAUGGAUGCUAAAACGGUGACAGCGUCAGUCAAGCCCAAGUGUGGCAGGAUGGUUGGUUUCUCCUCGGGCGGCGAGAACCCUCAUGGCGUGAAGGCCGUCACCAUCGGGCAGAGAUGUGCCGUGGCUCUCUGGUUCACCAUGGACCCUCUCUUCAGAGAACUGGAGAGACUGCAGGCAGAUGAAGUGAUCCAGGCUCUGGACUCUGAGUCUGUGUGGCAUCAAGGUCUGGACAUCAACCCUAAAGAUGAACUGUAGCGGCAGUGUGGGGAUGCUAUUUAUUGUCAAAUACUUUUAUUUUUCUACUGUUUCAAAGUGCAGGUUCAAUGAUAAAUGGGGUGUGUGUUUGUGUUUGUUUGUGUGUGUGUGUGUUUGUUCUUUGUAUUUCUACCCUUCUUGAGACAUGAAGAAGGAAAAGUAUCUUCCAUAUGAGGAGGUGUGAACAAGUGAUGACAUAAAUCAUGGUCCCAAUAACAUUGCAUCUAAUAGACAGUGUCUCAUUUGCACCCCUGCUGGUGGUGAAAUCUAUCAAAAUUAGGGUGGUCUCAAAAAGAAGGGAUUUUUCACAUUGACUGUGUGUCGCUUUUAAAAGUGCUCCCCCUCUGGUCAACAUAUGAAAUAACAAGUGGGUGUAAGAAAUUGAAAUGUGCCCUCUUUGGCCAAAAUUAAUUUAAAAAUAUAUAUAUAUACACACACGUAUGUAGAGAAAUACUGUAAUAACUUGAAGAACCAAUUACAAAGAAAACAUAAUUUAUUUAUUUUUAAAUUAACUAAAAGCAGUCUUUUACGGCGCCCCUAAAGGGACA